AUGGUCAGAAUUCACGCAGCUCGAACACUCCCCGUCAACCCCGCAGAUGCACCAUUCGUGCUAACUCGCCAGCAACUGUGGAAAGCGCUGCAGCGCAAAAUCCGCCACGCCGACGAGUUCGUCCCUGCCAUGAAGAAGUGCGUCGUUGUGAAAGAUAGCAAUGACAUUGUGCUGCGGGAAUGUCUGAUUGAGACGCCAUCUGGGGAGACGAAGACUAUGACGGAGGAGGUGACUAGUCAUGGAGAGCAAUUUAUCAUAUUUCGUCAGCUUGAUGGGUCGGUCACUACGAAUUUGGUGUCUAAUGGGGAAGAUCUGGGCGAUCGCGGUCUGCAGUUGACAUAUUUCUUUGAGUGGAAUCAUCCUGAAAUUCAGGAGGGGACCCCAGCCUAUCACGAGGCUGUGGAGCAGAAAAAUGCAAUCGGUUUGAUGGCUGUCAAAAAAUCAAUUGAGACGGCGCGGGAGCUCAUACAGAAUCACGUCAUCGAUGGCUGA